GUCGCCAUUUUUCGGUCUCCGUACUCUACACUUUCUGGCGGCUCGGGUGAAAAGGGGAGGGGGGGCAGACGUAGCAGAAAAAAAAAAGAACCGAGCGAGUGAAGGGAGCGAAGUGAGCUUUAAUAAAAACAUCGAACCGGCGAAUUCGGGAUCCUCCGUGAGCGGUCGGGUGUGUUUGUGUGCGCGCGAGACAGACAGAAAGAGAGAGAGAGAAAGAAGGAGAGAGAGAGAGAGAGAGAGGGAGAGAGAGAGGGAGCCGACAGCCGCCCAACGGUCGCAGCCCCGUUUGAGAUGCACGCGCAGGAGACGAGCUGCCGCUGCCGUGAAAUAAUUUCUUGUGUGAAGACGUGUUGCGAGCCGCCAUUUUUCUGCUGUGUUGCCUCAAAAGUCGAGCUCCGAGUCGGGAGAGAGAGAGAAGAGCGAGAAGGGGAUUCAAACGCCCGUUUCCAUGACGUGUGCCUUACCGUGAGACGCGAGAAAAACUAAUCCUACUUUGCGGCUUCUGGGCGACCUUUCUGGCAGAUAUGAGGAUUUAUCAGAUGUAAAGAAAAAAAAGGGGGGAAGAGGAAAAAAAAGCUGAAGAGGGGGCCACCUUUUCCGUUCUCAUAACUGACACUGACUGGAGGAGAUAAAUUAUUAGAAGCCUGCUGUUUGUUCUCGGAAGGCGGAACGAAAAGGGGAAGCUUUUUAUUGAUCAUUGUUGCUUCGGGCCUCCGUCGUAAGUUUUAUUAUUUUCUUCUAAAAGCGAUUUGUUCGGCGGCGGACUGCUGAACACACGGAACCACAUUAUGCUCCAAAGUUGGAUCAAGUGUCUGUGAAAGGUUGUUUUUUUUUUUCUCUUCUUCUUUAUUAAAAGAAAUCAGGUCUGUGGUGCCUGCAGCGUUUGUGCAGAACCCUCGGAAAAAGCUCCACAGGGCGACGUAUGCCCUGCCCUGCAUCUUCCAAAUCCUACUAUUUGCUGUGAUUGGCUCACUGCAACCACACGUUUUUGUUUUUUUAACUUAUUGUCUAGGCCUUCUCAUUUGUAUAUUAACUUAUUUUUUUUGUGAAAUGUCAACCGCUCGGUUCGAUUCAUCCGAUCGGUCCGCCUGGUAUUUUGGACCCGUGUCACGACAGGAGGCACAGAAUAGGCUACAAGGACAGAGACAUGGCAUGUUCCUGGUCCGAGACUCGUCGACCUGCCCCGGCGACUACGUGCUGUCAGUGUCCGAGAACUCCAAAGUGUCGCACUAUAUCAUCAACUCGUUGCCCAGCAAGAGGUUCAAGAUCGGCGACCAGGAGUUCGAGCACCUCCCGGCUCUCCUGGAGUUCUACAAAAUCCACUACCUGGACACGACCACGCUGAUAGAGCCAGCCCCCAGGUAUCCAAGCACAGUGACCGGUCCCAUCCAGCCCAUGGUCGGCCCAGAGGAGAACGUGGAGUACGUGCGGACUCUAUACGACUUCACGGGCAGCGACGCGGAAGACCUUCCCUUCAAGAAAGGGGAGAUCCUCAUCAUCCUAGAAAAGCCAGAGGAGCAGUGGUGGAGCGCCAAGAGCAAAGAGGGACGUGUCGGCAUGAUCCCCGUGCCCUAUGUGGAGAAACUGGUACGACCUCCGCCCCAUCCCGGCCAGCCUUCGCACGGAUCUCGCAACUCCAACAGCUACGGGAUCCCCGAGCCCUCCCACGCCCUCGUCCACGCCUACGCCCAGCCCCAGACGCCCUCUCCGCUGCCCCCCGGCACACCCGGAGCAGUUAUCACUCCUCUCCCGUCCAUGCAGAACGGCCCGGUCAUGGCAAAGGCCAUCCAGAAGCGAGUGCCCUGUGCCUACGACAAAACAGCUCUCGCUCUAGAGGUCGGCGACAUCGUCAAGGUGACGCGGAUGAACAUCAGCGGCCAGUGGGAGGGCGAGGUGAACGGACGGAGGGGCCUGUUCCCGUUCACCCACGUCAAAAUCAUAGACCCCCAGAACCCGGAUGAGAGUGACUGACCUCCGAGUUGGGCUGGAGCCUCUUGCCGCCGCCGCCGGUAUCGACGUGUACCUGGACCCGCUGGCUCUCUCCACCUUCCCCCGCCAGUGUCACGGUUAUGUGCUUGCCUGCUUGGGGCUGUACCACGAUAGCGACCCCUCUGUUGUUGCCAACCGUCGCAAGGCUUUCUGACUGUUUACAGCUUUGGACAUCAGAUCCAAACUAAAAACCUGACCCCACUUCUCCCAGUUAUUUUGUUUUUUUCCUCCACGUCUUGGUUCCAGGCUGAGCAGUGUUUGUUUUUUUUGCAUUAGUGUCCUUUUCAUUUCCAGAUCACUGGGCAUCAGUGUGAGUGUGUAUACGAGUGUGUGUGUGUGUGUAAGUGCAUGUAUGCGUGUUCACAGUUACCAUAUUACAUCACAACAGGUCUUUUUUUUUUUUUUCUGUGUUAUGUUUGAAGUCUUGGGGACUUUUGAAAGCGUCGGUGUGUGUUUGUGUUGUUGAGGAUAUUUGUAUGAAAUAGGGAAAAGCAAUAUCCCUACGGACUUGGGAGAGCACUGAGGCGACGAGGAGCUUAACCAGCCAGUCAAACUUCUCCAAACAAUCAAGUCACUGUCGUACCUUAACCAUGACACACACACAUUGGCCAGGAGUUAGUUGGGUUGUUUUGUUUUUUUCUCUUAGUGUGUAUAUGAUGUGUGGUUUGUGUCAGGAGGAAGCAGAAGCGAUGGGUUCGUGGACAUCCCAGAUCCCAUCCGACCUGCUGGCUGGCUGAUGAGACUUAUUUAUCUUGUGUUAAUAAGACAUGACACGGCCAUAUGUGAUUCAUCUUUUUCUUAUUAGUGCCAGAUGAUCAAUGUGUUAUUUUUGGAGAUGUCUGCUAGAGGGACGAUAACUCUGCGUGUCCACUUGGUACCUCUACUCUCACAUGGUUUUGAACUAAGACGACAUUGCUUAGAGAUUAGCAGGUUUUGUUUUUUUAGUGCUAACAGCACCAAGUACUAAAAGAGAACUUUUUUUUUUUUUUUGUGCCAAGCUUUGAACGGGUUUUCAAAAGUCAAAUAGCAACGGCAGUAGCACCGGCCAGCACGUCCCACAAGCAUCUGACUACAAGGCAAACCUAAAAAAAAAAAACACAGUGUGGGCAUGAGGACUGAAGCCUUUUGCACUGAGGUGACAAAAAAAAAAAACUCCACUUUCAGUGGCAUGGGUCAGGGAAGGAGGAAUGUCUCAGCAAGCCAAUGAGAUCCCAUCAAUGCCUUUUCGGAGUAAGACGAGUCUUACUUUCAGCGCAUGCAAUCCAUCUCUAACCCGUUGUUUUUCAUGUGAUCUCACUCCUGUCCAUGUAGGAUUUCAACCAGCUUCAAUAUUUGGUCCUUUUUUGUUUUUUGUCUCUAUAUGCAAACAGUAGAGGAAAGAAUCUUUAUUGUGCUGCAAGCAGUUCUGUUAAUCACGAGGAUUAAACAGUUGUGCAAACGGCGCAGAACCCUGGAUUUCUGCUGUAGAACUGAACCCCCCCCUCAUCUAUUUAGUGCUUUCUGUUCAGAUCGAUGCUUCACUCGGAGUUAAUAUCGUGCAGCUUUUAGUUGUAUCCCUUCUUUUUUUUUUCUUUUGUUGGUCAGUUUUGUAGUCGGCGAUUAAAUCAAACUUUUUCUUUUUUUUUUUUUGUUAACAAAAAAAGUGGCGUUAUUAAACAAAAGUACCUACGGUGACAUUUACAAAAAGGGAAAAAUGCCUGCUGGUUGCCUCUGUGCAUGACCUCUCGGCCAGGGGGAUGGUUUACCUGGCUCAAUGCUGCUUAAUGUCAUUUAUUUCCUCAUAAAGAAUAAAGGUUCCUCUUAUUUUAAUCCCACCUGGACUGUGCAGACAAACCAGCGUGGGUGUUUUUUUUUGUUUUCUCUCCUCGUCAAGCUUAAUGAAAUUUUUACUAAUUAAGCAAUACACCCUGAUUAUUUCCUGUCUUGAGGUGAACUUGCUUUUCUCAUGCUUCUGAGUUAUUUUGAUAUGGCAUUAACAGUAUUACUGUGCUCUCUCUUCUCAUAUUCUAGGAAAGCCUGUCUUUUACUUAAGAAUUGAAAAUUGUGCCUUUUAUUUUCUUAUACCAUUUACAUGUGUUAAUAUUUCCCAUGGUUAACACCUGUGCUGGUAUUGACCCUUUAUGUACAGAACAAGUAAAUAAAAUUUACGUCUACUUCUUUAA